GGAAUCUGAAAGAAGUGUGCGCCACUCCUCACCACAAAUGAUGCCACGUCGCAAAAGUUCGUUAACCCCGUGCAUUUUAAGGCAGACAGACGACGCGCACUACAAGUACGGGCUCAGUCCCCAUCGUUUAGAUUUGCAGCACAGAUCGGCUGUCCAGGCGCUGGUGCAGACCAAAUGGCUGGACACGAGAGCGCAGGGCAGAGCGGACUGUGACCCGUGCGCAAUAGUUGAGGUCAGGCUUCCGGGAAUAAGCGGGUACAUCGACCAAGACGCGGGCGCCGUGGACAGGGCGCAGAGAAGGCGUCGCUUGGCAGCGAACGCCAGAGAGAGGAGAAGGAUGCUGGGGUUAAAUGUCGCCUUUGACAGACUCAGGAGCGUCAUCCCCAACCUCGAGAGCGACAAGAAGCUGUCAAAAUCGGAAACGCUUCAGAUGGCGCAGAUCUACAUCUCCACCCUGAGCGAGCUCUUGCAGGACAGGGGAUGCGGCCCGGAGUUGGACGCGCAGCGGCUGAGAGUGAACACCGAGGCAGAACAGUCGGCCACCGGGCGAGCAGCGAGGGGCUUCGGAUCCGUGGACACUGCAGUCGGACCACCGGAGAAGUUUCUCGGUUUGGACACACAGCCGGUUUCAGGCAGUACGAUGGACACAAUUACAGACGGAAUUGAGCGUUCGGAGUUAAAAGGCAUUAUCGACGUCUGGGAGAGACCGAGUGGCACGAAAUGAAAGAAAAAAAACUUCACGGAUUAAAUCCUGUAAGCAGUUUAAUUGUACGUUUAGUUUUGCAUAAUGUUGCA